GAUCGCCAUGUUGUUGAUUUUUCCAGGGCUGGUCUAGUUGUGCCUCAGCCCGCUCGUGAGAAUCGCCGGCGGGUGGAGUAGCUCAGUAUCUGACCACAGUCCGCCAAACAAAGACAAAGUGAUGGACGGGUGAAGCACGACUGGACCCACGCGCGACUCAACUGAAGGUGUUUGUCUUCCUGAGCUGCAGUGUCCGGAUUUUCACCAGACAACAGAACCACCUGCUGAGUCCAGUUGUUUUUGUUUCAUUGUUGACAUCUUUCUCCUCGGCAGGAGGCUUCUUUCAAACUGAGGACACCUGCAUCAAGGACACUUUACAGCUGCAGCUCACCCACUCCCACCCAUAUCAUGAACAGCUCCGUUGUAACUAACGACACUGCCCAAUUGGGCAAUACCAACAUGUUUUGUUCUUGUAUUGAUUCUCCACAAACAACGAGAAGCUCCAUUAACUAGUUCUCUUGAUGAAGGCUCCAUUGUGACAAGUGCUAAGGCCACUCGGGGCCAGGAAGUGUACACGUGUACUUCCUCUGUCACCAACUCAACCUUGUCAUUCAACUGUUAGAAAAAGAAGAUCCCCUUUCGCUUCAGGAUGGAGCUCUUCUUCAACCCUUUUGACAACUUGCUGUGCAUCCUGCUCGGCAUCUCCUUCACCGUGUGGUUCACCCUGCUGCUGGUCUUCAUCAUCGUUCCUGCCAUUUUCGGGGUGUCCUUUGGCAUCCGGCGCCUCUACAUGAAGACACUGUUAAAGAUCUUUGAGUGGGCCACACUAAGGCUAGAGCGAGGAGCCAAAGAAAGGAACCACCAUCUGUACAAACCCUACUCAAAUGCCAUCAUCGCCAAGGAGCCCACCUCCCUGGAGGAGGAGAUCAUUGAGAUCCGGCGAAGCGGCAGCAACAAAGACCUGGACUCAGCCACAGAGUUUGAGAUGUCCGACAUCUUUUAUUUUGCUCGUCGAGGAGUGGAGAGCAUCAUGGAUGAUGAGGUGACCAAGAGGUUUAGUGCCGAAGAGUUGGAGUCAUGGAAUCUGCUGACCCGCAGCAACUACAACUUUCACUACAUCAGCCUGAGGCUGACUGUCCUGUGGGGGCUGGGCCUCCUGAUCCGCUACGGGUUCCUGCUGCCACUCAGGGUCACCCUUGCCUUCACUGGUGUGGGCCUCCUCGUGUUUCUCACCUCUCUCAUUGGGCUUCUGCCAAACGGAAGGAUGAAGAAUUUCCUGAGUGAGAAAGUUCAUUUGAUGUGCUACAGAAUAUGUGUCCGAGCCCUGACUGCCAUCAUCACCUACCAUGACAGUGAGAAUAAGCCGAAGAAUGGAGGCAUCUGCGUGGCUAACCACACCUCACCUAUUGAUGUCAUCAUCCUGGCCAGUGACGGCUGCUACGCCAUGGUUGGUCAAAUUCACGGUGGCUUAAUGGGUGUCAUUCAGAGGUCCAUGGUCAAGGCCUGCCCUCACGUUUGGUUUGAACGCUCAGAAGUCAAAGACAGACACCUAGUGGCCAAAAGACUGAGCGAUCAUGUUCAAGAUAAAGCUAAACUACCUAUUCUCAUUUUCCCAGAAGGUACCUGCAUAAACAACACGUCAGUUAUGAUGUUUAAGAAGGGCAGUUUUGAUAUCGGUGCCACAGUCUACCCAGUGGCCAUUAAGUAUGAUCCCCGGUUUGGAGAUGCGUUUUGGAAUAGCAGCAAGUUUGGAAUGGUUAACUACCUUCUACACAUGAUGAGCAGCUGGGCCAUCGUCUGCAGCGUGUGGUACCUCCCCCCCAUGUCCAGAGAGGAGGGAGAGGAUGCUGUGCAGUUUGCCAAUCGUGUGAAAGCAGCUAUAGCCAGAAAAGGUGGAUUGGUCGACCUCCUGUGGGAUGGAGGACUGAAGCGAGAAAAGGUAAAAGAUACCUUUAAAGAAGAGCAGCAGAAGCUGUACAGUAAAAUGCUGGUGGGCACCCAAGAAGACCGCAGCCGUUCAUGAACACUGAUAAACAUGGACUGGCUCAGAGACCAAACCGGGCGCCUCUGGCUAAAUGGUCAGUGAGCAGGGACCCCUCACAGCUGGAGCAGCUGGGCUGGAUGUUUUCCUGACGUGAACAGUAACUCCAUUUGCCUUCUUCAGUCACCCCCUCAGCCUGGCAUGUUAAGUUGCAUCACUGUUCUGAGGUCUACGGCCCCCCGUGUUGGAAUAACUCCAUUACAGCCCUGCUUGCAUUACAAAUGAAAAGACUGUGCAACAGAACGGAACGUCUUCCUCGGUAACUUGUCUUGUUCUGUAGCUGAACUUUGAUUUUAAGACGCCGUGUUCGAACUACAGACUGGGCUUUACCUGGAAUGUUGGAGAGAGAUAAUGUAGACGAAACCCAGUUUGUUUUAAACCUAGACUUGUGGCUGGCUAGUCCCUACUGCAGAGGGAGGAACGCCUGCCUUUGUUACAGUAAGAUAUUUUUAUGAGCUUUUUCCAGGAAAAAAACUAAAAUAUUUUCAGAUUGUUUUUUUCUUUUACAUUAAGUCUUGUAUCAACUCAUGGAGCUGCAUGGCAGACCAGCUCCUGAUACGUCUGUUUUCAUGUUUACCAUGGAAUGUGAAACUCCUCACAUUAUGAAGUGGGAACCUCAAAGAGGCCUGUAGUCUCUUGAUAAGGCAUUUCAUAAGGAUGUUUGAUCGUUGUGCUUUAAAGGCUCAUAGCACACUUUUACGUACAAUACUGACCCUCACACUGGUCUUCUGGCUGGAACAGGUUUAAAUGGUGGUCUGCUGAUGUGUAUUCAAACUGUUGUCUUUCAAUUGUUUUAUUUGCCACCUGUGUGUGUAGUUUUCCUAUUACCUCAUCUAUUUUAGGUUAACUCUAAAAGCUUGUCUUUAUUUCCCCCCUCGUGAAAAACGUCCCUCCUUCCCUGCAACCUUAAGAAGGUCUGGAGGAAAG